AUGGCUUACCUUUGCACUUUCUUGAUCACGAUUGCUGUGUUGUUGGUUCCAUGGCAGCAUGUCCUGGCCAACCCAUUUCAUGAGCAACCGACCCCGAGAGACGACUCGCAGAAUUACCACCAAGACCAACUGGGAGCCGUUGCAAGUGAAAGCGACAUAUGCAGCCAGAUUGGGAUAGAUCUGCUCAACGAAGGAGGCAACGCGGCGGACGCACUCGUUGGAACAGUCUUUUGCAUCGGAGUGGUUGGCAUGUACCACAGCGGAGUGGGAGGAGGUGGUUUCAUGCUGGUUCGCGGCUCCAAUGGCUCCUAUGAAUUCAUUGAUUUUCGUGAAACUGCGCCAGCAGCAGCAUUUGAGGACAUGUACAGAAACAACACCAGGGCCAGCCUUCUUGGUGGACUGGCAAGUGGUGUUCCAGGAGAAGUUCGGGGGCUGGCACACUUGCAUGAAAAUCAUGGAAACCUUGCGUGGAAGACAGUAAUGCAGCCAGCUAUCGAUACUGCAAGAAAUGGUUGGGCUGUCACGGCUGAUCUUGUGAACUAUAUGAACGCAGCAACGGCAGGGCAAGCAGAUUUCUUGUCUCAGGAUCCAACCUGGGCACUUGACUUCGCACCAAAUGGAACGCGUGUCGGCUUAGGAGAUACAAUCACCCGCAAAAGAUAUGCUGACACCCUGGAGACGAUUGCCAACGAAGGUCCUGAAGCAUUCUACACCGGCUACAUAGCUGAGACCAUGGUCAAUGCGCUUCAACGUGCAAACGGAACCAUGACAUUGGGAGAUUUGCAGAACUACACGGUAGCAAUACGGCAACCAGCGCAGAUCGAUUACAGAGGGUAUAAAUUAACCAGCUGCAGCGCUCCUAGCUCCGGCGUGGUUGUUCUGAGCCCACUGAACACCGUGAACGGCUACUCGGAUUUCUUCUAUCCUGAGAACAUCAACCUCAGUACUCACAGGCUGGACGAAGCCAUUCGAUUUGCUUUCGGACAGCGAGCAGAGCUUGGAGACCCGCUCUUCGUACCUGGACUCGAUCGUUUUCAGGAAAGCAUGCUAUCUGAAAAUACUUCCGCAGAGAUCAGAAGCAAGAUCUCGGACUAUCAAACGCUCAACGUUUCUGCAUACAAUCCGGCUGGGCUCGAGUCGCUAGAAACUCCAGGCACGUCGCAUGUCGUAGCUGCUGACCGGUCUGGAAUGGCAAUUUCCUUGACCACAACGAUAAAUCUGCUUUUUGGUUCGCAACUUAUGGUCCCAGAGACUGGUAUUAUCAUGAACAACGAGAUGAAUGACUUCUCUAUUCCUGGUGAAAGCAAUGCUUUUGGCUACAUUCCCUCACCAGCAAACUAUGUCAGACCAGGUAAACGGAUGUUGUCCUCCAUGUCUCCAACCAUUGCCGAAUUUCCCAAUGGCACUCUUUACUACCUGAUCGGCGCGGCGGGAGGGUCUCGCAUCAUUACCUCGAACAUCCAAAAUCUGAUCCAUGUGCUGGAUCAGAACAUGACAGUCCCCCAGGCACUGGCGGAACCACGGUUACACGACCAGCUCCAGCCUAAUCAGGUCAUCUUCGAGUACGCAUACAACAAUGAAACUGUCGCCUUUAUGAGGUCCAGGGGACACAAUGUUACUUGGAUUGCCCCUCCUGGCCUGGCCACAGCUCAAGGUCUUCGAAGGCUAGGUAAUGGUACAUUUGAGGCAGCGGGAGAACCACGACUAAGGAAUAGUGGCGGAUUUGCGAUUUAG